GUAAAAAAGCGGUCCUGCCCGCAUGAAACAAUUUUCCCAAAUAAAAUCUUUUUUCGUCAAGAACGUCUUUUGAUACCGUCAAAGACCAUUGUUAUAUGGAUCACACACUAUAAUUUUCGCACGUCAGUGGCAUGCUCUAGAGCUUUUAUGCCGUUUUUUGGUUACAUGUGCCUGAGAUUGGGGCAACGAAACAGCAAGCAAAACCCCUUUUGGUUUUCUGGCGAGUAAGAAAAAUCACAAGCAUUUGAAAGGCAUCGAUGUAUCACCCUUCAAGAGGAGGUGUCCGUGGAGGACGAGACCAAUUUAAGUGGGAAGAUGUCAAGGUUGACAAGCAUCGAGAGAACUAUGUUGGCCAUAGUAUCAUGGCACCAGUUGGAAGAUGGCAAAAAGGGAAGGAUCUUCACUGGUAUGCAAGGGAUAAGAAAACACAAGAUGCAGAUAUGGAGGCGGCCAAGGCAGAGAUACAGAGGAUCAAGGAAGAGGAAGAACAAGCAAUGCGUGAGGCUCUAGGGUUAGCUCCAAAACGUUCUGUUCGAUCUCAAGGGAAUCGGCUCGAUAAGCAUGAAUAUGUUGACCUGGUCAAGAGAGGGACUGCAGUUGAAAACUUGGCUCCAAGUUAUGCUGAAGCAGAUAGAGUUCAAGGUCUUGGCUUUUCGAGGAUUCCAAGCAAUAGGCCGGAACAUGAAUCUCCUCAUCCCAGUUGUGAAGAUUCUUCACCAGAAAAGCCCUCUAAAUCUCAGCCACUGCCUGAAAAAGACACUGGAGAUGCUGAAAACCAUCAAAGUGGCAGCAAGAGGAGGAGAGAUGAGAAGAGGAUCGAGAAGCAUGAGAGGAGAGAGAAACAUAGACAUCAUUCAGAGGAGAAGAGGAAGCACAAAAGAGAGAAAGGGAAGAGGAGGCACGGCUCAGAUUCAGGAAGUGACAAUUGACAAAGUGCUUGUUAUGUAGUGUGAUGAAUGUUGUAUUUUCAGAAGGUUGUUGAUUAUUUUUGUUUGUGGGAAAAGAGAUGGUUGUACAUGGAAAGUUCGUUAAGAUCAGAAAUUUAUGUAGACUUGGUGCAAGUGAAUUUUUGAGAUCCUUGUGCUAAGCAUAAAGGAUUUGGGUGUCUUUAUUUAUUGAAGUAA